GGCGCAGAUAUCACCGAUGGCUCCGCGCCCAGAAGCGUCCGCCGCGACGUCUCCCCGUUAAUUGUCAUCCACAUUGUUGGAGGAGGAGCCGUGUGCCCGUGUGUGUGUGUUCACGUCGGCGUACGUGUUUCAUCGCAGUGUGCCCGUUAUAACGGCCUCGUCUCACCAGUGCGCGCGCGGCCGGGCGCGCGUAUAGGUGUAGAGCCAGCCACACGCUCACACGUACUCCCGUGCAGUUGCCAGUUGAUUGGUUCAGCGUGGCUGCGCGCGGCGCGGGGCGGACGGGCAGACGCGAUCGACGACAGGCACCGGCUCCGGCUCCAUGGCGCGCCUCCUUCUUCUGCUCGUGCUCAUCGGCGGCAUCUGCGCCGCCGCCGCGGCGAGCUCGCCGCUACUCCCGGCGGCGGAGACGAUGCGCGUGAGCUUCGCGGGGAAGUCGGAGUUCAGGACGGUGAACAGGAAGCCGCUGGGUACGUGCCUGGACCCGAGCCCGUACCUGGAGAUCAGCGUCAGCACCGGCGGGGCGCCGCUCCCCGACGAGGCGUUCCUCAACGUGACCGUCUCCGGCGUCCGCAGGCCCGACCGCUCCCACUGGCUCGCCAUGAUCACGCCUUCAAACUCCAGUGUCUUGGGGUGCCCUCUGAACGGUGUCAAUUACAUCGAGACAGGUGAUCUGGCGAGCCUCCCUCUUCUGUGCCACUACCCUGUCAAGGCCCAGUACCUGACAAGCGACCCGGGCUACCUGGGCUGCAAGGCCUCGGCGUGCCAGAAGCGCCGCGCGUCCGGCACCUGCAAGGUCCGGACCUGCGCCGCCACGCUGGCGUUCCACGUCAUCAACUUCCGCACCGACGUCGAGUUCGUCCUCUUCUCCGGCGGCUUCGCGACGCCGUGCGUCCUCAAGCGCUCCGGUGCGCUCCCGUUCGCCAACCCCGCCAAGCCGCUCCACGGCCACCUCUCCAGCGUCGACUCCAAGGCCACCUCGAUGAGGCUUACGUGGGUGAGCGGAGACGCGAGGCCGCAGCAGGUUCAGUACGGGACGGGCAAGACUGCUACCUCUGUCGCCACGACAUUCACUCAUAAGGACAUGUGCAGCAUCGCCGUGCUGCCGAGUCCUGCGAAGGACUUCGGGUGGCAUGAUCCGGGUUACAUCCAUUCGGCACUCAUGACCGGUCUCCAGCCAUCUCAGUCCUACAAUUACCGUUACGGAAGUGAUUCCGUGGGUUGGAGUAACACAACCGAAUUCAGAACCCCACCAGCUGCAGGUUCAGGCGAGCUGUCCUUCGUGAUCUUUGGUGAUAUGGGGAAGGCUCCACUGGACCCAUCAGUGGAACACUACAUUCAGCCUGGAUCGACCUCCGUGGCCAAAGCAGUAGCUGCAGAGAUGCAAACCGGAAAGGUCGACUCGAUCUUCCACAUCGGAGACAUCAGCUACGCCACGGGCUUCCUUGUCGAAUGGGAUUUCUUCCUUCACCUCAUCACGCCGCUCGCGUCGCAGGUGUCCUACAUGACCGCCAUUGGUAACCACGAGAGAGACUAUGCAGGAUCUGGAUCGGUAUAUCCGACGCCGGAUUCAGGCGGCGAAUGUGGAGUCCCCUACGAGUCCUACUUCCCCAUGCCUGCUUCCGGUAGGGACAAACCAUGGUAUUCGAUCGAGCAAGGGAGCGUUCACUUCGUUGUGAUGUCCACCGAGCACGAGUGGUCAGAGAAGUCAGACCAAUACAAUUGGAUGGAAAUGGAUUUGUCAUCGGUUGAUAGAUCAAGAACACCAUGGGUGAUCUUCAUUGGGCAUAGACCAAUGUAUUCAUCCAGCAGCGGUAUUCCGCCCAGCGUUGAUCCGAACUUCGUUUCCUCUGUUGAGCCACUCUUGCUUAACCACAAGGUCGAUUUGGUCUUCUUUGGCCAUGUACACAACUACGAGAGAACGUGUGCGGUAUACCAGGGCAAUUGCAAAGGCAUGCCAAAGAAGGACGCAAAAGGAGUUGAUACCUACGAUAACAGCAACUACGCCGCACCUGUUCAUGCCGUUGUUGGAGCAGGGGGGUUCAACUUGGAUGGCUUCCCUAAGAUUGGUCUGCAUAGCUGGAGCUUAUCAAGGAUUUCAGAGUUUGGAUAUGCCAGGGUACAUGCGACGAAAACUGAUAUGUUGGUUCAGUUUGUAAACUCGAACACGUCGGCAGUCCAGGACCAAUUUAGGAUUGUGAAGGGAGCCAGAUGAUCCAACCUUACAAGCAACUUGAUAUUCACAAGGAGAAACAGUAGCUACUUUUUUUUAUUUGUUAGUAUAUAUAGCUAGGUACGCUGUAAAUAGAUGCUGAAUUACACACAUAAAUGCUAUAGACUAUCAGGCUGUGUACGCGGCUACAAUAAAAUUAAUACUAUCAUUUUUCUCCCUGAUAGUAACAUUUACUCCAUCGCAAACCUUUGCCUGCUAAUAUUUCAAGAGUAGAGGGAUAUUAGAUAAACAGUUUGAAGUUGA